AUGUACCUGAUCACAGUGUUGGGAAAUCUGCUCAUCAUCCUGGCUGUCAGCUCAGACUCCCACCUCCACACACCCAUGUACUUCUUCCUCUCCAACCUGUCCUUGAUAGACAUUUGUUUCACCUCUACCAUUGUCCCAAAGAUGCUGCUGAACAUCCAGACACAGAGCAAAGCCAUCACCUAUGCAGGCUGCAUCACUCAGAUGUGUUUUUCCUUACACUUUGCAGUGUUGGAUGAUAUCCUCCUGACUGUGAUGGCCUAUGACCGCUUUGUGGCCAUCUGCCACCCCUUGCACUACAUGGUCAUUAUGAACCCCAAGCUCUGUGGACUACUGGUUCUAAUGUCUUGGAUCAUAAUUGUCUCCUUAUUUUAUGGUACAAGCUUAGGCGUGUAUCUCAGCUCUGCUGUUACCCACAACUCACAGUCCAGUGCAAUUGCCUCAGUAUUGUACACCGUAGUCACACCCAUGCUGAACCCCUUCAUCUAUAGUCUCAGGAACAAGGACAUAAAGAGAGCUCUCAAAAGAUCUUUUGUGGUGGCAGGUACAAAAGGGACAAUCACUUGA